UGCCGAUAGGAGGAGACCGUGUGUCAUCUUCCGCGCUUUCACCGCCAAGCUGGCCCCAAAGGAGGGAAUCCUCCUGUGCAUGUUUCUGCACACCCUUAUCAUUUACUUGUGUGGUACAAUAAUGUACCUUUUAUUGGCUGUUUAACUCGUCGUCUUGGAUUAAAAACAAAAGCAUUAUUCUUCGUUAUUCGACCGCCUCAUCCAUGCAUUGGAGUCCUGGGCCCCAGCGCACCGGCUCCAGCCAUGGCGGCCAGGAAUACCGCCGCUGGCGGCGGUGACAGAACGGAAGGCGAACGAGGAGAGAAUGUAAUUGAGGAAAACCAAAUGACCUCCGUCUCUCUACCCAGCCUGAUGACUCCAACCUCAAUGGUUGGCAUGUCCCUGGGCCUGGAGAUGCCCCGGAAACGAAAGGGCAGUGUGGACAACCAGGAAACAAAAUUGGCAUUGUUCACAAGUGACUAUAUGGAUGAGGACCAAAAUGGUUCAGAUGAAGAGGACCAACAUGCCAAAAUGAAAUGUUUCAGGGAACCACACAGCCAAAUUGAGAAGAGAAGACGAGACAAAAUGAACACGCUGAUUGACAAGCUGUCAGCCAUGAUUCCAACAUGUAACCCUAUGUCUCGUAAACUGGACAAACUCACUGUGCUCAGAAUGGCCGUGCAGCACCUCAAAUCCCUCAAAGGUUCCUCAAGCUCUUUUUCCGAACUUAACUACAAACCAUCAUUCCUGCCUGACGAGGAGCUCAAACACCUGGUCCUAAAGGCUGCAGAUGGCUUCCUGUUUGUAGUUGGCUGCGAUCGGGGGAAAAUUGUUUUUGUCUCUGAGUCCGUCACGAAGAUAUUAAAUUAUAGUCGGGCAGAGCUGAUUGGCCAGAGCUUCUUUGAUUAUGUCCACCCUAAAGACAUGGGAAAAGUGAAGGAACAGCUGUCAGCAUCUGAACUGUACCCUCGUGAACGACUGAUAGAUGCUAAAACUGGUCUGCAAGUCCAGGCUGACCUCCCAGUCGGCGCAACACGACUGUGUUCAGGCGCACGACGCUCUUUCUUCUGCCGUAUGAAAUGCAACAAAAUAUCCGUCAAAGUUGAGGAGAAGGAACUUCAGGCCAGCACCUCCAAAAAGAAAGAAUCGCAAAAGUACUGCACAGUUCAUUGUACAGGCUACAUGCGCAGCUGGCCCUCCAGUCAGCUGGAAGCAGAGGGCGAGUGCGAUGCAGAGAAGCAAGAGAGCUCCCACUUCAGCUGUCUGGUUGCUGUGGGGCGCAUCCACUCCCACUCAUCUCCUCAAGUCAACGGAGAUUUCCGGGUCAAACCCACAGAGUUCAUCACACGUUAUGCCAUGGAUGGCAAGUUCACCUUUGUCGAUCAAAGAGCAACAACCAUUCUUGGUUAUCUUCCCCAAGAGUUGCUUGGGACUUCAUGCUAUGAGUACUUCCAUCAAGAUGACUUACCACAUUUAGCUGACCGACAUCGAAAAGUGCUGCGGAGUAAAGAGAAAAUCGAGACAAAUUGCUACAAAUUUAAAACAAAAUAUGGCUCUUUUGUCACACUGCAAAGUCAGUGGUUUAGUUUUGUAAACCCCUGGACCAAAGAAGUUGAAUAUAUUGUGUCAACUAACACAGUCAUAUCGCAUGAUCACAGUCGAAAAAGCCAGUCAGGAAACAAGACUGAACAGUCAAGCGCUUCUAAGGCUUCAGGAGAAGAUGGAAAGAAGUCUCUUCCAGUUAUACCAGGCAUCUCUACCACACCUAUGGUAUAUGCCGGAAGCAUCGGGACCCAGAUUGCCAAUGAGCUGCUGGACUUCCACAGAAUGCACUCCUCACCCUCCAGUGGUAACGUGAGCCCGUUUAGUCUGCCACAGGACAAAUCUCUGCUCACAAAUCACGACCAAGUCAGCAACAAUGUGCCAAAUGGUGAAGCUACAGAAAUGGAGAUCCCAGAAAAAAGCAGCUCAGAGGAGGACCCCCAGGGGGCUUUAUUCCCUGGAGGGGAGACACUCAUGGGGGAGAACUCCCAGUUAGAUUUGGACAGCGUGGUUGAACCGGGCCUUGGAAGUCUUACCAAUGAUGAAGCAGCUAUGGCUGUGAUCAUGAGACUCCUGGAGACAGACUCGAACUUGGGUGAAGCAGGGGACUUUGAAGAUAUGCACUGGUCCUUAUAGAAGCUACACUUGAAAGGCGAGGCAGUGACACCUGGUUUUCAGUUCUAUUUAUUAAGCAGUUGUCAAACGGCUGUUCUCAAAAGGCAACUGUAUCACCAACGGUAAGGAACACCCGCGUUUUCGCCGGAGGAGGUGAUGCGCUGCUAAGGCCUUACAGCAGUCUGCCUGCCAUGGAACACCAUUACGUUUACCCCUUGUCCACUACGGCUGUUUCAGAGUUGUAUUGGUGUAGGUUCCCAAAGCUUUAUUUUUGAUUAUCUAGGGCGCCGAGCAAGUGACGUUUUUUCAGAUUCGCCAUUGGCUCCAAAAGGUUUCCGUGUCAAGUGGCGAACUCUUGCAUAAUCCGUCCAAAUACACAAAUGUAUGAAAAUUUUUUUGCACCACAGACCACAAUGUCCCUCAGACAAUGUAGUGAAUGAUGUGCAGUAUUAUUAAGUGAUAUUUGUUCGCACAUUGGGUAAUAAAUAGUCAAUCGCUGUUACUUUCCUUUAAGAGCGCGCUGCCGUGCCAUGGAAGGCGUGUGCUUCCACUGCAUACACACUAGAACUUUCACUCCUCUUCUACGUGUUCCUAUCAUUCACGUUCAUGUUACAUUUGGAUGUUAUUUCUAGCAUACUAUCUGGUUGGCUGGAGAGAAGUAUUUUUCUUUGGAGAGCAGAAAGUGACAGAGCUCUGUUGCCUUGUGUUAAUCAGUUGGUUGACAGUGACUGUCCAUACUGCAGUUUUAUGUAACAUCUAUUUUUUAAUUGAAUAGUACAUUCAUAGUACAGUGGAAUUAUUUUUUUAUUGAUUGGCCAGUACUUGUUUCCUAGUCGGAGGCGUAAAACCCUGUGACGUAAUGGCAUAGCUCCCGAGGGCAUGGGAAGUGAAUGCGAUGUCAAAUCAGUUUGCAGCCAGAGCUUUAAACUGCCUCAAUUCUGCCUCCAAAUGAACCUGACACCAGCACCGAAGUUGGCAGUAUUGGAAAGGGGGUAAUUGACAUUGUCAUUUAACGAGGCCUGAGAAUCUGCACAGGAAGUCUCUCGUAUCAACCAGGGGUUUGGGAGUCCCACCAAUACUUGAACAGAGGACAGGAAUGAUGCAACACAUUGCACUGAAUCAACUCACUGUUUUUUGGUUGUUGUUUUUUUUUACAUUGUACUUUAAAGCUCCUGUCUCCCAUCUUUGAACCCUGCCCUCCACACCUACUUUUCAGGCCAUUUCCAUGGUCUUGCAUUUGCCUCAGAGCAGCCAUUUAAAAAAAAAAAAAAAAAAAAUCAUGUCUCCCUAUGGGUUUGUGAACAGUGCAAUGCAUAAUAGCACUUAGAGACAUUUAAAGGCAAUGACUAAACAAUCACCUCACACCUGUUAUUAUAGUUUAUUUUCUGAGUGAUAUAGCGGUAGAAGAAGUGACUUCUCAGGAGUUGAUGGAGAAAAGCCACCCCAUAUAAACAUAUAGUGUCGCAGUUCUUAGCAGCUGUAGCAGUAUUUAACAUUUUUUACAUUUCCCUGCAUUUUGUAACUUGAAAUGUAUAACUGUUCUCGGUCACAUGUGCAACUGUGUAUUUACUUGUGGUCAGUUUCAUCGUGUCCCAAAUAAGCAGAGUUUAGAUUUUUAUUCAUGUUAUUUUCAGUGGCAGUCAUCCAUGCAUAGAUUUUGGGAUAUAUUAUGCAGUGAUCAUUCCAUAAAUGUUUAAAGUAUGCCCCAUUUUCCCAUUCGUCACUCCUGAUAUCAAGCGGGUACAUUUCUGUUGGUGUACCGCAAUCUGACAUUUGAAUGAGUCCUUGACUUGCCAUUAUUACCUCAACUUGUUUUGUCUACAUAUGACCUUGCACACACAUCACAAUAAAUAGGGUCUUGCAGUGAAAUAGAUGGCCUCACGUGGCUUUGAAGUUGACUCAAAAUAUAUUUUAUAACAAAAUAUCUAAACUCUGAAUAUGUAUACGAAAUUAUUAGAAAUGUAGGAAGAAAUGUACAUGAGUUUGGAGUGUGUCUGUGCGAUGUUAUCCAUUUAUCCAAGAGUCGAAGGCCACUAAUGCUUACAAUUUCUGUACUAAUUCAACCCAGUGGUUUGAUGGGCUUCAGAUUUGUCAGUUCUUCCACACCAAACUCACCCAAGCACGUCUUCAUGGAUGUUCUAAAUCUUGCGCUGAUAUAAUGCGUCAUGUCUAUACAGUACAUUUAAAAUCUGACUUUGAUGAUGCAGAGUAGAAUCUAUAGUCCGACAAAAUUUUAAGAAACUGCUUGCAUUGAUAUUUUUUUCUAUUCCAUUCCUGAAAAGGAGUAACCUUCAUCAAGUGACUAUCACAAUUCAGGCUUGAAAUAUUGUGAGCUCAUCCUGAUAGGCCUUUUGUGUGCAAUGUAAUGGAAAAAGAUGACUGCGACCUGUCAGCACCAUUCAGUUAAGUGACACCAAUUUGGCCAGACACUGAAUAAGCAGCCCAGCUCCUGAUGGCAUAUACGGAAAUCCAUGCUCCCAUCCCUGAAUUGUGAUCUGAACAAUAAUGUAUUUGCUGUCUCAUGCUUGAAAUACGAGGAACCUACAGGUGGAGCAUCUUAACUCGCGGACGCUCCCGUUUGUGUCCAAAGUGCCUUUGGACGUUUCCACGAUGACACGCAAUAAGCCUGUGUUGUUGUUUUGGGGUUAUCUUUUUUUUCAAACACCUCAGCUAACUGAAAGUAGGGCUCCUUAUACGAUGUUCAAAUGCAUUUUUGGAUACAACUUGACACCACGUGGCACAGUAUGAUUUAAGAUGAGAACUUAAGCAUUAGAUACCUGACCAAACUGAGAGCGGUACAGCUUUCCACAGACACCGGCAUUUUGUAUUCUCUUUCAAAAUUUCUGUUCUUAUAAUUCAGUCAUUGCUUUGUUGUAGCUGUACAUUUCCCGUUUGUUGUGAGUUCUGACACAAAAGCUUUUGUGAACGAUAAGCCAUCCAGGAAGACGUCAUACUUUGCCUCUUUUUUUUUUUUUUUUACUGAAACAUUAGAUUUUGUAACAUUCUUGUUUCCAUUUGCAUGCUUCUUCUGUUUCAUUUCCUAAUAGACUGGCGCUUGUGUGCGUUGUAUACAAUUGACUGCCCCUGCACAGGAGGACGGACCCCGACCUUUUAGCUUGAAGUUGACACUUUGGGAAAACUUGGUACUCUUAACAGCCACUUCCUGCCACACUAACUCAAGAGGAAGCCCUAACUGUAUUGAUCUGUUUCAUAUUGCUGCUACAAUUAACUGGGGUCUCUUCCCAGCCGGUCUUGUUAAUAAAUGUUAGUUUACUCCCAACAUGACUUGAAUUGACUUUUUUUUUUCCAAACCAUGUUGCAAACUAUAGUGUGUCUAUCAUGGGUGCAAAAAUAACCUUUGACCCCAGCUACAUCUAAAAUGGGACAUGCAAGCUUGAAUAGGGUUCAAGCUUUAAAUAUAUGGAAGAUAUUGGAAAUUGUGACUGGUGGAGAGGUUGACGAUGAACCUGCACUGAUACGAUGGUGGCUGAUAGGGGCACAGCAAUGUCCAAACACAAUGCAAAGGGAAAAUGCAGCAAAUGCCAAAAAGAGACACAAACCCCAGAAACAACUGCAAAAUGGAAAGAAAAAUGCAAUUUUUUUUUAAGUGCAAUUUUGUGUUUUUUUAACAGCAUAUGAACGAACACGCUUGCGGUGUAUUAGAGCAAGCUGUCGGUGCUCUGUUGUUGUAUUUACUCGUGCUACCAGGAGUGGGUGUUAUCUCACGUUUGAACAUGUGUGCAGCUACACUUGUCUCAGUGUGUUUACCUGUAGAGCACAUUUGUAGUCUACAGCAAACAAUAGCCGGCCAAAUAUAGAGCCACAAAAGUCCUUAUUGGCGAAGGGAGAACCCGCCCAUAGUGUUCUGCAUCCUGAUUGGCUUUAGACCACUGUCAGUCAGUCUCCUUCGUGCCACCGCUAGCAUACUAGCUAACUGUGUGAGCUCCUUGCUAACCGCCAACAAACAAUAGAAGAAGCAGCAGCUAACAGGCUAAAUGAAUCUUCGGUUCAAGGAGUGGGAUGAGGACGACGACGGCAUGUUUUAUGCUUAACAAGGAUACAAAAACUACAGUCGAAGGGCACCAGAACAAAGCACCAUCAGAGGAGUGAAUAAGUAUGUCACUUUAUUUAUUGUGUCCAAUCUAGUGGAUUGACCAUAAAAAUUCAAAUGAAAUUUGAACUUUGAGAGUUUAAAAUGUGAGAAAAUGUUAAUGCCUGUCUGAGAAAAGUGUGU